AUCAGUAGAGACCUCAAAAUCUGCUGUCUAAGACUGUAUGACCUCAAUAUUCUAAGCUUGGACAACAUUCUAAACUGUGUGAGAUUCUCUUGGGCUACUUUUUUUCGCAUUUGCAAACUCUGGGAAGAAACAGGCAAUGUCAUUUGCCCAACAACUGCUUGUCGUGCUCGGCCUCGGAAACUCCAUACAGACGACCUAUACUACCUA